AUAUUGUAAGGACCGGAUUUUUUUCCUCCCAGGAUUUGGAAUGCUCUGACAGAUAAUUAUGGUAAUGUAAUGCCAGUCGAUUGGAAAUCAUCCCACACCAGAACUCUGCAUUUGCCAACCCUGAAUCUUUCUGAAAAGGGAGUUAAUGAUAAUUUGAACCUUGACCUAUCAGAUGAUGAAGAGCUGAGAGAGCAGCUAGACAUGCAUUCUAUCAUUGUUUCCUGCAUCAGUGAAGAACCUCUCUUCACAGCUGAACAGCAGUCAGUGAAAAGGAUUAUCAGAACGGUGAUUGAAGAGAUAGAGGAAAUGAUGCAGGAAUCUCCCGAUCCAGAUGAUGAUGAAACACCAAGCCAGUCAGACCGUCUGUCCACGUUGUCCCAAGAAAUUCAAACACUUAAAAGAUCUGGAACAAACCACAAUUAUGAAGAAAGGGUGCAAAAGCUGUCCGUGACUGAGUUAAAUGAUCUCUUAGAAGAGAUUGAGGCAGCCAUCAAGGACUACUCUGAGGAGUUAGUGCAGCAGUUAGCCCUACGGGAUGAGUUGGAGUUCGAGAAGGAAGUAAAGAACAGCUUCAUAUCUGUCCUUAUCGAAGUGCAAAACAAGCAAAGAGAACAAAAAGAAAUGGCAAAGAAAAAGAAAAAGUUAAAAAAUGGCACUCCUCAGAAUGGAAAGCAAGAAAAAAGCCAUCUGCCUGGAACACGCUUCAGUAUGGAAGGAAUCUCAAAUGUCAUUCAGAAUGGCUUUCGACAAACGUUUGGAAACGCGGGUGGAGAAAAACAGUAUCUGACAACUGUUAUUCCUUAUGAAAAGAAAAAUGGACCUCCAUCAGUUGAAGAUCUUCAAACGUUAACGAAAAUUCUUCAUGCCAUGAAAGAAGACAGUGAGAAAGUGCCAAGCUUAUUAACAGACUACAUUUUGAAAGUUUUGUGUCCUACGUGAAGAAACCUAUGAAAAACAGCCAAGCUAUUUCCUGUGAAAAGACAUUUUUCCUUGGAUUCUUUCAGACCUGACAGUUUGUUUGCACUGCGUUGAAUUCUAAUGUAUUUGCUACUUUCAUUGCCUGCUUCAAUUUCUGAGUUCUGGAAUAAGUCAUCCAGAUCAUAUAAAACUCAUUCUUUUUUCCCCACUUUUAAAUUAGGUGUUUGAACAAAGAAUGAAUGCUGUACAGUUUUAUUCACAUGCAUUGUUUUAGCUUUUUAAAGACUAUUUUUACAUUAUAUGGCAUGUAAUUAUUUCCCAAAACAGCCAUCUGUGGUUGUGGAGGAAAAAUAACAUCAGUAUAAACAAAAGAUGCCUAUUAAACUUAAUUCAGUAAAAGCUGAACUUUUACUAAAUUUACUAAACUUAAUUUAGUAAAAGCUGCAGUAGGUCCAAGUAUUAAAUGUAUAAAAUGGAUCAAAAGUUGAGCCUGCACUGCAUAAAUUCCAUUGAAGUACUUCACUGAAGGCUCGAGGAGGAGGAGGAGGGGGGGGGAUAGGAACACGCACUGACUUUAAAGUAAGAAUAAAGACAGUAUUGUAUUAUUGUUUACUGAUUCAUGUGACUUUCAUUAACCCCCUUUGAAGUAAAAAGUGGUAGAUUAUAAUUUUCCAUCAUUGGUUGGCUUACUUAAAAAGAAUACCAGCCAUUUGGCAGCUUUUCCUUCCAAAGCCUAUAGCUGGCAUAGAGGGCAAGGGUUCCAAGAAAGAACACCAUCAAUUUGUGUAGGAUGUAUUGUGCCCCAAAUCAUUGUCUCAUUAUUUUCAUUUUCUGUACUUUCAUUAUUUAAAACUAAUGUAGUUUAAUAAUAGUAUUGCUGCUAUUGUACUUUUUAACCCAUAUUAAAUGUUUGGUCAUAGUA